AUGAACUCCUUCAUCCAGGAGUUGCGGCAUCUCAGCAACAGCAGCGCCAUUAGCAGCAUUAGUAGCGCGAGCACCGAUUCCGGUAUUUCGACUUCCCACUAUGGAGAUUCCAACGUCGGCAGCGGCCUGGCCUCUGCCACCAGCAAUAGCAAACAACAACACUGCAUAGGCUUGAACAGCAACAACAACAUACACGGAAAGACUUCCCCUACGACCGGAGCAGUGCCUAAGGUUGGUGGAAUUCCAACUGCUUCAGUCCUUGGCAUACCCACCGCCACCACCAUCUGGGGCAACAAAUCGCUCUGGGGCCCAGCACCGUUUUCGCCACCGUUACCGGAAACCUCAGCUCUGGUGAGUUCGUCCAUCGCUAUCAAAUCGUCUCCAGCUCUGCCCGUCGCAGCCGUUACAUCCCCUACCUCGAAUGCAUUGUAUAGUAGCGUAAGCAAGGAAUUGUACUCUCCCUGGACAACACCUGCGGCAACCGUUGCUGCUGCAACAUCUCCUAUUGCGUCCUUAGCAACGCAACAACAACUAUCAGCAUUGAAUUCUAACACAUCCACAGUCCUAUCCAAAACUACCUCAAUCCCUACUGGUAACAACACUGGUACGAACAUUUGGGAUAGCAAAUUGGACCUUUUCGGUCCCCAACAGCAGUGUCCAGCCUCGCUACUAGGAUCCAUAUGGGUCACGCCAGAGCUUUCAACUUCCGACACAACAUUUACGGCACACGACGAGGCCCACGGUCCUAGCGCAAGUAGUGGCGGUGCUGCUGCCUGGGGCAGCAAUAUUAUGUCCCACGCGAUUCAAACUGUGAGCCACGGUUCAACCGGUAGCGGCGGCGAUACCAUGAAUGCUGCUGCGACAUCAAAGCUAAGCACACUCUGGUCGAACGCACCACCGAUCGGUGCAACCGGAGGUGUGAUGAGCGGAGCAGAGAAUGGCAGUGUCUUGAAGUCACUGCGUAUGGGAGGAAUGGGGGGUGGUGGUAUGAUGAGUUCUUCUGACAAUGUUACGUCUGCCGAAGCAGUAGCUGGUGUGAGCAAUGUUGGUAGGGUCGGUCCCAGCGAUAAUAUGGGACUUCUUUCCUCAAACACCUCACCGUCUACGGCACUGUUUUCGGACGAGAUCAUGAGUUAUCUUAAUGUAUUUAACUAG